AUGGCUGCACUCGCUUCCAAGCAGCAGUCGCUCAAGAUCUUUGAGAAAUUGAAGACUAAGCCUGCGAACAAGAUCUGCUUCGAUUGCGGCGCCAAGUACCCGACAUGGACCUCAGUUCCCUUUGGCAUCUACCUCUGCCUCGACUGCUCGUCUAACCACCGAAACCUCGGUGUCCAUAUCUCCUUCGUCCGAUCCACCAACCUCGACCAAUGGCAGUGGGAUCAGCUGCGUGUGAUGAAGGUUGGCGGCAAUGAGUCAGCUACCAAGUUCUUCCAGCAGAAUGGAGGUACUGCUGCCCUCAACAGCAAGGACCCCAAGACCAAGUACCAAUCCAGCGCUGCCACCAAGUACAAGGACGAGCUGAAGCGCCGCGCGGCAAGAGACGCUCAAGAAUACCCCGGCGAGGUUGUCAUCACCGACGCUACCGACGCCGAUACCUCUACUCCCGCUGGCGAGCCUGACGAUGACUUCUUCUCUUCCUGGGAUAAGCCCUCUAUCAAGAAGCCUACGCCCCCGAUUUCUCGCACUUCCACUCCUCCGACCGUCGGCCGAACCGCCUCUCCCUUCCUCAACGCCAACAACGGUGCCGGCAAGGAUAUUGCACGAUCCUCCUCGCCCCUGUCCAAAACGGAAGGCGAUAACAAGCCCACUACCGGCCGCGUAACCACCUCUGCUGCCCUGCGCAAGACUACGACCUCCACCGGACCCCGUAAGGCCAACAUCUUGGGAGCCAAGAAGGCCCCUAAGCUUGGAGUCAAGAAGGUCACGGCUGAUAUCAUCGACUUCGACGAGGCUGAGAAGAAGGCUAAGGAAGAGGCGGAGCGCAUCGAGAAGCUGGGCUACGACCCUGAGGCUGAGGAGGAGAAGAAAGCCGCCAAGGUGGAUGCUGUCGCGGCUCCUACCCCUGCUGCCCCCUCGGGUGGAUACGGAUCAUCCAGCCAUACCCGUCAAAAGUCUGACGCCGAGAUGGAGCGUUUGGGAAUGGGUGUUCGCAAGUUGGGCUUCGGCAUGGUUGGUGGAGCCAAGGGUGCCGCCGCAGCGCCCAAGAAGGCCGGAACUGGUGGAUUCGGCUCCGUUGGCCCCAUCAAGGCUAAGACUGAGGGUAAGAAGACCGCUUUCCUAAAUCACGAAUGCGCAACUAACAGCGAUGCAGAUGAGAGCGAGAACUACGCACGCAGCAAGUUUGGCGCCCAGAAGGGAAUCUCCUCUGAUGAGUUCUUCGGCAAGGGCUCCUUCGACCCCAACCAACAGGCCGAGGCGAAGACUCGUCUGCAAGGUUUCGAGGGCGCUACCUCCAUCUCGUCCAACGCAUACUUUGGCCGCCCCGAGGAUGAGCCGCAAGAGGAAUACGGCGACCUCGAGGGCGCCGCCAAGGACUUCAUUCGUAGAUUCGGUAUUACCGCGGGCGACGAUUUGGAGAACCUUGGUCAGCUGGCCGGCGAGGCCAGCCAGAAGCUGCAGGGUGCCAUCCGCGCCUACCUCGGAAGCUGA